CAUUCGCAAUUUGGUAACUGAAAUGAAGUAAAAAAAAAGACUUGAUUAAAUAAUACGAAAAGCAGAGACUAUUUAUAUAAUACUUUUACGUAUAGUUUUAUCUUCAAUCAUUCUCUCUCCCUCUCUAAAAACCCUUUGGAGUCUUGAUUCCUUCUUCCUCAAUUCAUCGAUCAUCCUCCUCCGGCGAUCUCCGACGGGUCUCGUGGAUUUAAAGUCUUUUUGUAAGUUGCGAUCUCUCAUUCUUGUACUGUUUUUUUUAUUCGAUGUUCUUUUGUUUGAUCAAAGCAUCUCCGUAUUUAGUUCUUUUAACCUAAAUUUCCUAGAAAGCAAGUUGCUUGAUUGUCACGCUACUGCGAAAACUGAUGCUUUAAGGUCACUAAUAAUGGAAGAAUCUGAUGAUAUUGGUUUGUUCUAGUGAUUUCUUGAUGAUACUAACAAAUGAUUCUUGAUUAUGUGUGUUUUAAUGUCUGAUCAUUUUUUGUUGCUAGACUCAAUGGAGGGAAGUUCUAACGAACAAGGCGGAGACUCUCUUACAAACGAUUGGAGAACACAGCAUGAGCCUGGUCUACGGGAAAGGGUUAUUUACGAAAUAGUGAAAAAGUUGAAGAAAUGUUGUCAUCAACCUAGCAAUGAAAAUGAUAUUAAGAAGGCAGCUAUCAAAUAUGAGGCUAAGAUCUAUGGUAUGGCCAAAGAUAAGGAUGCUUACUUGGGGAAAAUCUGCAGAAAAGUUUUUUCUUCCCAUAGUCCUUUCAGAGCUCAAGAACAAUCACUUCCCACCUCGUUGCCAUAUACACAAACUCCAACAAGCCAGAGCAAUCUCAACGUUCCUGAAUCAUCUGGUUUGCCCACUCAGGUUCCUCUAACCGUUUCUGCGGCUCAGAAUCUAAAGAUUCAAAUGAGUGAAGAAGGAGUUCAUUCAAAUAAACUACCAGGCCACCCUCAAAGAGAGAUUCAACAACUAGAAAGCGAGAACCUCAUUAGUCAACUGAUGAAUGGUCAAGACACGCAGAAGAAUCAUCCACAAAACAAAGGGGAGGAGCAAGAACAAACAACUCCUAGGGUAUCGACCUCCCAGCAGAACAAUAUGGCUAGCUGUAAUGUGCAUGGACCAAGUUUGUUGGGUACUCAAAGCCAAGAGGUGGAGCAGUCUCAACCAUUGAUGCUACAAUACUUGAAUGAUGUUCAUGACUGGCGGGAAGAGACCUAUCACAAGAUAAAGGUCCUCAAGGAGAAGUAUGGACUUGUUCUGAGUACAUUUUUCAAAUCAAUAUCUGAUAAAUUGCGGGAGAUUGAUUCUCUUCGUCAGCAGAACAUGCCGGUUGAAUGGCUAACGGCGAGCAAAGCGACGUUGGAACAAGUUCUUGCGUUCUUAAAUGUCUGUAAGAGCAGUGUAUCAGAGUUUCAUAGAGAUAAGUUUAGUCUCCAUGAGGAAAAGGUAUUGAGGUUCAUUGAGUAUCAUCAUCUGAACGUGACUCGGAGGGCAAUGAAGCAGCAACAAGUGUAUCUCCCUCCUUCUCAUACCCAUCAAACAAGGCCUAGGAUGGAACCAGAAGAUGAGAACAGCCCUAUGUCCACAGCAGCUCAGGAGCAUCUUCCACCAGAGCCAAUCACAGAGCGGCCUAUUGAUCGUCUGAUAAAAGCUGUGAGUGAAGAAGUCAUAUUAAGAUGAUUUCAAGUUUAGUUUCUCCAUCUUAUCUUUGAUCAAAGUGUUAAUGUAUGUGUGUUGCUUUGCUAGA